AUGAACACUCAAUUUAAUGCAGCCUCUAUAUUCGCCUUCUUUGGCACAUGUACGGCAUUCUUAACACUCUUCAAACAAUUAUACUAUCAACAUGUCCCUAAAUAUAUCCGUGAAUACAUCGAUGAGGUGAUCAGGAAGCGGUUUAAUAAGCCAUCAAUCUUAAAUCCCAAAUUAUUCACCCUCAUAAUCAAAGAGUACUACGGCGACAAGGGCGGCUAUGGUUGCUACAGUAGCAACGGAAUCUACAAGGCUUGUGAAGCAUACCUUUCCACCACCCUUCGAUGUUUAUCGAAUCGACUCGAGGGGUGCCGCAAUAAUGUUAAUGGGGCACCCGUUUCUUAUCACUUAGCCCAAGGGGAAGAGUACGUUGAGUAUGUUCGAUUGAGUGACAAACAUAAUAAUGUAAAACUCUGUUGGAAGUUUGCUUGCAGGAAUGAUAAGGGUGAGGAGGACAAUUUUGGUAACAGGAAAUCGUUCGAAUUGAGCUUUGACCCUCGAUACAAGGAUAUGGUGCUCGAUAGCUUCCUUCCCUCGGUUGUGCUAAAGAAAUAUGACUAUAUGGUAGAGAUGAAGAAGGAGAUUCAUCUACACACUUUCGAUGGCUCGUCUUCUAGGUAUUGUCAUUGGGAUCGUGUGUUGUUUAAUCACCCUUUUACUUUCGACGCUUUGGCGUUGGAUCCAGAGAUGAAGAAGUCCAUUGUAGAUGAUCUUGACAUGUUUUUAAGACGAAAAGAGUUCUAUAAAAAAAUUGGGAGAGCUUGGAAAAGAGGGUACUUGCUUUAUGGACCUCCAGGAACAGGGAAAUCUAGCUUGAUUGCAGCCAUUGCUAAUUACCUUAAGUUUAAUAUAUAUGACUUACAACUUGCUAGAUAUCGAUUGCGCGUCCGGUUGUCUAGAAACGCCUCUUUUAAUAGAGAAUCAAGGGAUUGUUAUACUGAUGAUGAGGAGGGUGAGGAUAAUGAUGAUAAUGAUGGUAAUGAGGGAGCAGAAGCUGCCCCUGUUUCCAUGGAGAAUUCAGAGCAAUCGUUCUCUCUUUCGGGGCUAUUAAACUUCAUCGAUGGAUUGUGGUCUAGUUGCGGAGAUGAGAGGAUCAUCAUAUUGACAACAAAUUAUAAAGAACGUCUGGACCCAGCUUUGCUGCGUCCAGGACGUAUGGAUAUGCACAUUCACAUGUCUUACUUAGGAAUGCCAGGGUUCAUGGUACUAGCUUCCAAUUACCUUGGCCUUGAGGAGCAUUCGCUUUUCGAGAAGAUUGAGAAAUUACUUGAAACUACAGAGGUGAGUCCAGCUGAAGUCGCGGAGGAGCUUAUAAGGAGUGAUGAUCCUGACAUUGCCCUUGCUGGAGUUGUUAAAAUGUUGGAAGGGAAGAAAUUAAAACAAGUCUCUGAAAAGAAGAAGAAUAAGAUGAAAAACAAGAAGGGUAGAAAUAAGGCAAUGAAAGGAAAAGAUAAAGGUGAUGGUGAACAAACGAAUCAAGCAGAGGGAUGCUAAGAAUACUCUAGUUUGUUAAUGACUCGUUGACCACUUUUUAUUUUAACUAGUUAUUAGACUCGAGUUAUAUCUUGUGUAAGGAAAAUUUUUAUUUAUUACUCCCUCCAUCUUUUUUUA